AUGUGACAGAGAAGAACGCUGUGUCGUUGUCGUUGACACACAAAGGGUCGGAUAGCGUGGCCAAACUCGGGCAUAGAGAGUACGAGAUGAAGCCUAGCGAGUCCAAAGUGAGUGUAUUUAAGGCUGGUGGUGACAAUCUAGAUGUUUUACUCGGAGAACACUAUCUAGUGAAACGAUCGGACAACACAUGGCAUAAAGCUGAGGUGAUCCACUCCAGAGAGAAUGACUUGGUUGGCAGAAAAGAGUUCUAUGUACAUUACAAAGGAUUUAACAGACGAUUGGAUGAAUGGGUUGACAAGGAUCGGUUAGAUCUGAUGGGCAGUAACCGAGCAACUGAAGAAAAAAAAUUAUCUGAGUUACAGAAUGUACUCGAGAAACCAGAACGGAAAAUUACACGUAAUCAGAAGAGAAAACACGAUGAAAUUAACCAUGUACAAAAGACGUUUGCCGAGAUGGACCCGACCACAGCAGCACUUGAAAGAGAACACGAAGCGAUUACAAAAAUUAAAUAUGUUGAUAUGGUACAGAUUGGAAGGUACGAGAUAGACGCAUGGUAUUUUUCACCUUAUCCAGAAGACUACGGGAAAGCUCCGAAACUCUAUGUUUGUGAAUAUUGUUUAAAAUACAUGAGACUAGAAAAAACUUAUCGGCACCAUUUGGGUGAAUGUACUCGAAGACAGCCAGCGGGGAAAGAGAUUUACAGAAAAAAUUCCAUCUCUGUGUACGAGGUGGACGGUAAGGAGCACAAGAUUUACUGCCAGAAUUUGUGUUUACUUGCCAAACUAUUCCUGGAUCAUAAGACUCUGUACUUUGACGUGGAGCCGUUCCUGUUUUAUAUUUUAACAGAAGUUGACAAGUAUGGGGCACACUUGGUUGGCUAUUUUUCUAAGGAAAAAGAAUCCCCAGAUGGCAAUAAUGUUGCCUGUAUUUUGACAUUGCCACCAUUCCAAAGGAAAGGAUAUGGAAAGUUUUUAAUAGCAUUUAGUUACGAAUUAUCUAAAGCAGAAAAUACAGUAGGAUCUCCUGAGAAGCCGCUUUCUGAUCUUGGGAAACUCAGUUAUCGUAGUUACUGGUCAUGGGUUCUGUUAGAAAUAUUACGAGAUUUCCGUGGCACACUGUCAAUCAAAGAUUUGAGUCAAAUGACAAGCAUAACACAGCCAGACAUUAUCAGCACUUUACAGUCCCUCAAUAUGGUGAAGUAUUGGAAAGGACAACAUGUGAUUUGCGUAACGCCUAAACUAGUGGAAGAACAUCUAAAGAGUGCACAGUACAAGAAACCCAGACUAACUGUAGAUACAUCGAGUCUCAAGUGGGGGCCUCCAAGAAAAAUACAAAAGAAGGACCCCAGAAGCUCAAAGAAAUGAACGGUUGCAUUUCAGUAAGGGAAACAGCCAUGUCGUCAUCGUUGUAAAGCUGAAAAACGCAUAAUUCCAACUGCUGAGUGUUUUAGUUCACGUCACUGCGCUGUAAGGACGGGCAUUACUCAACUUUUUCACAUAGUUAUUCUCAGAUAUCAUGCAGGAAACAUUAUAACAUUUAAAGGUUUAAUAAUCUGCAUAACAAUUGUGUUCAAAAUGGCGUCAAGUUUUUAACUCGAUGUAGAAAUUUCUCGAUAUAAAGCAGGUUCAAAGUUUACAAUGGGGUUCAUGUCGUCGUUGUCGCUGCUAUCGUCGUUAACAUUUGUUUGUGGUCAUGCUAUUAAACUUUCAUCUGAUGAGCUUCAAACUUGGAUAUAUUUAUCAUUAUUAAAUCUUCUAUUUUUGUCUUUUAUUCACUUUAUUUUGUUUCUAGUUUGUGUAUUUUGAUCUUUUGUGGACGAAAGCACCACACAUACACAAAUUAUUAUCAUAAUUAUGAUAAACUCACUGCUAUAAUAUUCAUAUUCACAUAUAUCCAAUCUGGAGCUAAUGACCCAAAACCUGAUGAAAAAAAUGUUUACAACAGCCAGAUUUGAAAUCAGAUUUGUGUGGACCAUUUCCUCAAAAAUUUAUGGUAUCUACCGUUGUCAUAGUAACCUCUUUCUUAGAAAGGUGUAACAUUUAGUUGAAUGUUCAACAGAUAUUUUGUUUUAAAUUACAUAUACCCCCGGUAAUAGAAAAAAGCAUUGAAGUUGUGGUUUAUUGCCAUCAAAAUCAUCUGAUUUUUGUGAUACAGUCCUCGCACCUUAUCAUGUUUGAUUUAGGCCAAGUGUGACGUAUACCACGAUUAUAAAUAACAAAAAAUGGAAAUGUACGCCUGUAAACUUCACAAGAAUUUAGAGUAUCGGUAACUUAUUUUGUUUUGGGGAGAGACAAGAUUUAACAAAUUUUACGCACACUGCAAUAGUUUUGUAGUAGUGAACACUUAUUCGAAAUUUUAAAGAUGGUGACCGACUUUGAUCCCCGCAGUUGCUAUCAAUGUGUGAAAGGUUAUAGCAGAAAAAAUGGUCUGAUUUACAGUGUCUAUACCCUGUUCCCAUUGGUCAACUAAUUGCCACUGUGAACUAGCCUUUAACUGUUGGUGGCUUUGUAACUUACUUUAAUCUAGGUAUGUUAUCCAAUUAAAAUAAAAAAGUAAUUU